CUCCCUCUCUCUCUCUCUCUCUCUCUCUCUGUGCUGCAUAUCGCGCGGAGCCGCUGCUCCACUUCGGAACUGUGCUGUCUGUCUGCGCGCGUGCGGCGCUUCCCACAACAAGCCGGCGAAUUUCUUUCUUUUUUUUUUACGGGGGGGGUUGUUUAUCGAAAGUCUUGCAAUAAUUCCGAAUCAAAGCUAAGGUCAUCGUGGAUGUUUCGGAAAGUUUAACGUGUAGUUAAAAAAAAAAAAGAAAAGAAAAAAAAGCAGCAACUUGGCGUGAUUGUUUGGACUGGAGUGGCGUGGAGAAGGUGCGCGUGCGUUAUCGGUUAACUACUCGUGCCAAACAAACUUUUAAGACUUUUUGUGGUGUUUUUAUUUUGUUUUUCUCUCAAGAGGACAAUUUCAGACAAGGAAAUACACGAACUACGGAGUCGCUUCGUCAGGGUGGGGGAAAGGUUGCAAGUUCUUCCUUGGGUUCAUUCAGAAAAUUUGUUGUUUAGACCCGAGCACCUUUUUUUUUUUAAUUAUUAUUAUUAUUGUUAUUAUUAUCAUUUCUCUUUGGAUUUCACGUUGUCCGUUUAGCAGAGUUACUGUAGAAAUUGCUUGUAGAAGAGACUCCGUGGUGUUGUAGAAAGGUUCAAAUUCUUUCCGAAAAGGGAUCUGAGCUCCUGCUCCAGAAAGUUCUCGGGAGAGGUGUGAAAACAUGCCGCAGCUGGCGGGUGGUGGAGGCGGCGGAGACCCGGAGCUCUGCGCCACCGACGAGAUGAUCCCGUUCAAGGACGAGGGAGACCCACAGAAAGAGCAGAGCUUCGCCGAAAUCACCAACUCCGAGGAGGAGGGAGACCUGGCCGAGCUCAAAUCCUCUCUGGUUAAUGAGAGUGAAACGAGUCCGAACAGCAACAGUCACGACGCAGGUAGACAGUCCCAAAUAACCCCAGACUCCUAUCAUGAAAAACACAGAGAGCAUCCGGACGAUGGAAAGCUCCAAGAUCUGUACAGUAAAGGGCAUGCCUACUCUGGUUAUCCAAGUUACAUCAUGAUGACCAACAUGAACAACGAGCCCUACAUGAACAACGGCUCUCUCUCGCCUCCCAUGCCCAGAACGUCAAAUAAGGUUCCUGUGGUGCAGCCGUCCCAUGCAGUUCACCCCCUCACACCUCUGAUCACCUAUAGCGAUGAGCACUUCGCCCCUGGCCCUCACUCCGCGCACCACCCACAGGACUCCAAAGGAAUGCCUAGGCAUCAUCCUGGUCCAGAUAUUCCUAACUUUUACUCACUUUCCCCUGGAGGAGUUGGACAGAUCACCCCACCACUAGGCUGGUUCCCACAUCACAUGGUUCCAGGACCUCCCGGACCUCAUGCCACGGGAAUCCCCCACCCUGCCAUUGUCAACCCACAAGUCAAACAUGAGCCUCCACAUGAGACAGACUUAAUGCACAUGAAGCCUCAGCACGAGCAGCGAAAGGAACAGGAGCCCAAGAAACCUCACAUCAAGAAGCCUCUCAACGCCUUCAUGCUUUACAUGAAAGAGAUGCGUGCCAACGUGGUGGCUGAAUGCACGCUGAAGGAAAGCGCCGCCAUCAACCAGAUUCUAGGCAGAAGGUGGCACGCUUUAUCUCGGGAAGAGCAAGCAAAGUAUUAUGAAUUAGCCCGCAAGGAACGGCAGCUCCACAUGCAGUUAUACCCAGGCUGGUCUGCCAGAGACAAUUACGGAAAGAAGAAGAAAAGAAAGAGGGAGAAGCUCCAGGAAUCAGCCUCAGACUUCCAUUUUCUGCAGGUACAGCCCAGAGAAUGAAAACGGCGUACAUCUGAGCAAUGGAGGAAAACGAACUGCUUUCUCCUCAUGCAAAGCGAAGCCAGCAGCUUCGGGGGCCCUUUUGGAGAUGGAAGCCUGUUAGAUGACCUCUGACCCCUUCUGCGACCUCUUGACUCCCCCCGCUGACCUCUUGGAGGGCUCCAGCUCUUGAGUGCGCUCCUCUGCUGUAGAGACACUGAACUGAAACCACAGACAAUCGCUUCCUGCCUAGACCCGCUACUAUUUUACACACACACACAUGCAGACAGACAGACAGAUACAUACUUAACCCUGACUAGAUCCAAACACACACACACACACACACUUCGUUUGGGGUUUACGUUCGUAUUAGCUUAUUGCUCCCAAAGUCCAAGUUAUUGCACUGAUCAUGUCUUCAUCCUAACGCACAGAAUCACCACACACACGUGCAGAGAGGCUAUAGAAAUCGAUCACACACCUUUCCACACCUGUCCCUAAGUUAUUUUAAAUUAUUUGGCACCCCUGUUUUUCUGUAUGUACAGUUCAUCCCGAGCACCGUCUCACUUUUUUCACCCGAUGAUGUAGCAUUUCAGGGGCCCGGUUUUCAGGAGCGUUCUCUUCAGGCAUCAGACGGAUCAUUUCUUCUCGACUCGCAAACUCUCAAGACUAUUUCAUAUUUCAACCAGUGGGUGCAGAAUAAAAAACAAAACAAAACAAAAACAACAAAAAGGAUCAAAGUUUUGACUUUUAUGGUUUCAAGAUAAAUUUUGAAUGCUUUUUUUUGUAUUUUAAAAAUAUUCAUUUCAUCUCUUGGUGUAUAUUUUAAAUCAUUUUGUUUUGUUUUUUUUUAAUCUUUAUUUUUUAUAUAUAUACUGGUGUAUAUAUAUAAAUAUAUAUAUAUAAAAAAGAGAAUAAGCUUUGCGAUAGGAAAGCUGUUCUGUUUUUCUUGCAGAAACGACCUUCUUUCAUUUGAGAACUGUAACUAAUGAUGACCUCCCAGUGCUCAGAUGUAAAAUAAUGCUCAGUAUGUGUACUUUUAAUGAAAAAUGUCCGGAUAUGUCUCUCUUGUUGGUAUUUUUGCAGGCAGCGUUAGGACAUGCGUGUUCAAGUGGGUACUCAGAGGCCUAUAUUUUAUUGUUCUGAACAGACAAAUGAAGCAGAUAUAUAUAUUUACCCCAGCACUUGCCGGUCUCUUUUAUUGCGAUGUUCUCCUGUUUCCUCUCUAUCUGCUAGAUAAUAGUGUGGUCUUUUUUGCCAUGUUGUUUAUUACAUGCAAGCAUUUCUGUAACAUUUUGAUUUUACAUUCUAUUUUUUAGUAUUAUCGGAUGCGUUUUCUUUUCUUUUUUUUCCCUUUCUUUCUUUGUUUGUUUAUUUUAUUUUUUAAUUCGUCGUCUUUUCGAAUCACUGUCAUCUUGGUUUAGCACUUUGCUUCCAAGUGGUCACAUUUGAACUGUGUUUCUACAUGCCUUUUUUAAAAAACACAAAAAAAAAGACAAAAAAAUAAAUCAGCAUCUUUGACUGAG